AUGCUGCGAAUUAUUAGACCCACCAUUAUCUCGACAAGAACACAUUGCAUUCGAUUUUACAGCACAGCUAAUGGAGCUAGCAGCAGCACCAUAAAAAAAGAGCCAUUAUCGCCCUUGGGAAAGCAUUUGCAUGAUUCGAUUAAAGUGACAGGCCCACUCACUGUAUCUCAUUUCAUGAGACAAGUACUUGUGAAUCCACUGAGUGGAUAUUACAUGUUGGGCGAUGUGUUUGGUAAACAGGGUGAUUUUGUCACAUCUCCCGAGAUUAGUCAAGUAUUUGGUGAGUUGUGUGGCGUAUGGUACCUCACUGAAUGGAUGAGGUUGGGUCAACCCUCAAAAACACAGAUUAUCGAAUUUGGACCUGGCAGAGGCACAUUGAUGAGCGACAUGUUGAGAACUUUAUCACAGUUCCCUUACUUUUAUAAAACUUUGACGGAUGUCCAUUUCAUAGAAGCAAGCCCUGGACUUCGUAAAAUGCAAAGAGCUGCUCUGGUAGCAGGAUCAGAGGAAAAGGAUGUUGUUCGAGUGGAAGGAAACAAGGAUGAGGCACCUAUUGAAACAAUCACAAGAGACGAUGGUGUCAGAGUAUCAUGGCAUGAUGGUAUUGAAGUGGUACCAGAUCAAUGGUCUUUUAUCAUGGCGCAUGAAUUCUUUGAUGCAUUGCCUAUCCACAGCUUUGAGAAAACUGGCGAUGAAUGGAGGGAGUUAAUGGUUGAUAUGGAUGACACAGAAGAAAGUGAGCAUAAUUUCAGAAUUGUGAAAUCACCCAACCAAGCCGCCAUGUCUACAACACUCUUAUCAGACAAAAAAUUCGAAGCAUUCAAAGAUGGAGAUCGAGUGGACGUGUCGCCUGAUUGCUGGAAUGUGAUGGAUAAAGUAGCAAGAUAUUUGAGCAAAAACGGUGGUACAGGAUUAGCUAUUGAUUAUGGCCAAGAUUAUGUUCAAGGGGACACACUUCGGGCUAUCAAAGAUCACAAAAUCAUCCAUCCCAUGUGCGACCCUGGAAGUGCUGAUUUGAGUGCAGAUGUCGAUUUCAGCUUCUUGAAGAAAGCUAUUCAGAGCGGAUCAGACAUCACUGCAUAUGGGCCGAUUACCCAAAAAGACUUUUUACAAGCUCUUGGCAUACAAGCACGCAUCGAAACACUAUUCAGGAACGCAAAGAACUCGGCUGCCAGAAAAUCAUUGCUGGAUGGCGCUGAAAGAUUGAUGGAUCCUGAGGCGAUGGGCAGAAUCUAUAAAGUGUUAGCAUUUGCCAACAAUGCUGGCCACAAUAAGGAACCAGUGGGAUUUGAGAAUAAAUAA